AUGGCGCCCGCACUUUCAACGCUCGCCGCCGCAGCGGCAAGCGCUCUAUACUUCUUGGCACCCGCUACACACGGGUUCGCGCCGCUGAGGCCACUCAAGAGACGGGCGGUUUCGAUGCGAGACACCUACGACGUGACCAUCGUGGGCCCCGACGGCGAGACGAACACGUUCCCCUGCGCCGACGACGAGUUCAUCCUCGACGCGGCCGAGGAGGCGGGCUUCGAGCUGCCCGCGUCCUGCCGUUCUGGCGCCUGCACGUCGUGCCAGGGCCGCGUCGUGACCGGUGAGAUCGAGCACGACGACCAGUCCACCAUCGACGACGACAUGCUCGCGGCCGGCUACGCCUGCACGUGCGUCGCCUACCCGGCCUCGGACGUGACAUUACUGACACACCAGAUGGACAACUUCGAGGCCGGCGUCACGGACCCCGUGAACGGCGCCGCCGCGGCGCCUGUUGCUGCGCCCGCCGCGCCGGCGCCGGCGCCGGCGCCCGUGGCCGCGGCGCCCGUCGCCGCCGCGGCACCCGCCGCGGCGCCCGCGGACGACGCCGCCUGGGCGCUCAAGCGGCCCAUCGCGCUGCAGACGCUGGACGUGCUCGCCGUGACCGUCGCGGGCCGCGCCGACCUCGAGGCCAAAAUCGGCGAGCUGCGGGCGCUCAUGGAGGGCGCGCCGCCGCCUGCUGCCGUUAACGGCGUAGCCGCGCCCGUCGCGGCGGAGGUGAACGGCGCGGCGGUGCCGGCAUCCGUUGAUCCGACGGCCGAGUACACGCCCUACUUCUCCAAGGACACGGGCUACACGAUCUGGUUGAACAAGAAGAAUCCCCGGAACUCCUAUUACGAGUACCCGGACAAGAAGAAGAAGUGA